CUGGGGCCGAGUGGGCUGCCUACCCCACACGUGCCUGGGCGAAGGUGGCCCGCGCUGCACGUGUGGGCGGUGUGGGCGUGUGGGAGUGUGCGUGGGUAUCACUCUCUAGGUGUGCAACCAAAGUUAUCUGCCGGGGCGCGAGGCGAGAGGGAGCGCUCUCGCCAAGAGAGAGCGUGGCAGUUGACACCCGGUGCUGCGUUCACCUGGUCCAUCCAAGUCCGUCCAGGUCAGCCCGGCCGAACCACUAGCACCCCGCACCACCCCGCACGGCCAUGCCCCAACCCUCCAAUGCCCACGUCCGCAUCAGCCCGCCAAGGAAGCGGCUCGGCGUGCGCCACCUCCAGGCCUGCCUCAUGGCCCUCGUGUCCUUCGUGGCGUACGCGCUGCGCGCCAACCUCAGCGUCGCCGUGGUCGCCAUGGUGCGGACCAGGCCGCGCAACCAGACGGCCCUCGCCGCGGCCCUCCUCAACGAGACCAGCCUCCUGAACGGCAGCGUCGUCGGCCUGGCUGGCGAAGGUAUGGGCGGCGACGUGGAGGCCGACGACAUGAUGUUCGACUGGGACGAGAAGGUGCGCGGCGGGCUGCUGAGCGCCUUCUUCUGGGGCUACAUGAUCAGCCAGGUGCCGGGCGGCAUCCUGUCGCAGCAGCUCGGCGGGUCGCGCCUCCUGGCCGGGGCCCUCAUCACCACCUCGCUGUGCACGCUGCUGCUGCCGGUGUGCGCGCUGCAGGGCGGCUGGAAGGCCGUGUUCGCCAACCGCGUGCUGCAGGGCUUCACGCAGGGCCCCGUCUACCCGUCCGUGUACACCCUGCUCGGCGUCUGGGUGCCUCCGCACGAGAGGGAGAUCUUCACGACGGUCGUUCUCGGAAGCCAGCUGCUGGGCCCCAUGCUGGCCUCGCCCCUGUGCGGGGUCAUCGCGGCGCGCUGGGGCUGGCCCUCCAUCUUCUACUCGUUCGGCGUCCUGGGGCUGGCCACCGGCGUCCUGCUGCUGUCCCUGGGCGCGGACAGGCCGUCCAAACACUCCAGGAUCUCCGCCGAGGAGCUGGCCUACAUCGAGUCGUGCAUCAACGACGGCGAGGCGCCCAAGAUGCAGCCGCGGACGCCCUGGCUGGCCGUCAUCUCGUCGCCGUGCGUCUGGGUCCUGUGGCUGUCCCUGUCGGUGCAGGCGAUGGUCUUCUUCACCUUCCUCACCAGCAUCCCGACCUACCUCAACGGCGUGCUGGGCUUCAGCCUCGAGGAGAACGGCCUGCUCACGUCGCUGCCCUACCUCACCGGCUUCCUGUCGUCCUUCUUCUUCACCUGGAUGGCCAACUGGAUUCGCGACCGCAAGCUGCUUAGCACGACCAACAGCAGGAAGCUCUUCAACGCCAUGGCCAACGUGCCCAUCUCCGUGUGCGUGGUGGCGACGGCCUACGUGAGCUCCAAGGCGGCGUCCGUGGCCCUCAUCUGCCUGUCGAUGGGCUUCUACGGGCCCAGCUUCGUGGGCGUGCAGGCCAACUACCUGGACCUGGCGCCGCUGCACACGGGGCCCAUCUACUCCGUGGGCAACAUGAUGGCGGCCGUGCUCGGCGUGCUCGGCCCGCAGGUCGUGGGGCUCAUCGUGUCCGACGUGACGGACAUAACGCAGUGGAGGAUAGUGUUCUGGGCCCAGGCGACAGUGCUCCUCACUGUCCUCAUGCUCUACACCUGGCUGGGUUCGGGAAAGGAGCAGCCCUGGAACCAUCCUGACUACAAUCACAAAAGGAAACGAAAUCUCAACAUCCAGGAGGAACUCGGUCCCGUCUCCCUGCAGGCCGUGCCUCUGCAAGGCAGCAGGACGUCGCUGAGCGCUUCGCCAGAAGACAAGAUUGUUGCAAAUGCUCACAUUGUUGCUAAUAAAACUUGAAACAC